ACAAUUCUCACAGAUGCUUAAAUCUCCAAAAUCUCUUCCUCUUUCACAACAAACCAUUAUCUAAAGAAGAAAACGAAUAUCCUCUAGCUUAUGCAAUGGUAACACAUAAAUCAGUAAUACAAACAAUGACAAUGGUCAGUUCUGUUUAUCAACCCCAAAAUGCUUAUUGUAUUGUUGUGGAUGAUAAAUCUAGUGAUGAAUUUUUGAAAAAAAUACAAAUGUUGGCUGAUUGUUUUCCGAAUAUUUUUGUUUUGUACCUCAGCGGUGUUGAUCUUCCUUUAAAAACAAAUUUAGAGAUGGUGAGGAUAUUUAAACAAUUAAACGGCACAAUAAACGCGGAUGUUUUGCCCUUUGAAAGGUACAGAGUGAGAUUGACUAAGGGUUCCAUAAAACCUCCACUACCUCUUUGGAAGUCAAGCCUUUCCGCUUUAAUCAGUAGAGAAGCUGCUGAUGCAAUGGUAAAGAGUGAUAAAGUGUUGGAUUUGUUAAACUAUUUACAAUAUACUUGGUGCAGUGAUGAAAGUCUGUGGGCAACUAUUGCAGGGAAUCCGGAAGGUGAGAAAAAAGACUUAUGUUUGUAA